AUGGGGAAGGCUGUUUGUGCUGAGGCGGACACAGACGCCGACCAAGGUGCUGGUCGUGACCCGACGUCGACCGGCGGGAGCGGCGCAACUACAGCGUCGGGUGGGGACAAGCCUCGUAGGAAGGCGUCGGUGCAUGGUCAGCCUGCGUCGACCACAUCUUCAAAGUCGGCGUUUGCAGCCGCACUUGCUCACGUGAAGCGACUGGAAGAGGAGAACAUGAAACGGAGGGACGAGAAUGCGGGGCUGUGGUCGGAUCUGGUUACCGAGAGGUGUCGGACGGAGGGGUUGUUGGCGACGGCGGCUGAGUGCCUCGCGGCUGUCAAGUCGCUUACUGAACGCGUCGCCGCCGCCGAGCAGACCGCGGGGACACACAUCUCCAGAGCCACAGCAACCAUGACCAGCGUCUUCACCGAGGUGCUGGACGAUUGGGUUGCUCUGAUCAAGGCGUGUAGCAGCAUGACGACGCUGUUGCUGGGGGAAAUCACAAAGAGCUUGGACAAGCUGGCCGUCGCCCGCCGUGAUGCUGACGUGCGGUUGGGGAACCACGUGACCAGCGUGGGGGAUAACGUUAAGGCGGUGUUGACCGAUUACAUCCAGACCAAGUUACCCUCAACUUCCACCAACAUCGUCGGCGGCUUAUCCCGCAGCAUCGUGCCGCCCCCCCCCGGUCCAUCCCCCGUGCUGCCUGAAGAAGUCAUCAAAGCAAUUAGGGAUGACAUUGUUCAGGCGGUAACCACCGUCAUGCAGCAGGCGCUGGGAACCGUCGGCUUCACGCUUCUGCGCAACGUGCUUGCUACAAUGAGGCUGGGGCGGCGUGGUUCGUCCCCAUCGGCCGGCGACCUGGAGACCGCGCAAAGGCAUAGGCCGGAAAAAAGGGCUGGCAGCGGAAGUGCAGCCAACGGCGACAACGCGGGAAAUUCGAAGCGGAGUAAAGGUGUUGGUGGGGAGCGAGCAGUCGGCGGCGACGUUCCAGAUUGUGCCCAGUCCGAUUCUCCCGUCCUCAACAUGCUGAGGAGAAAAGGGGCGACAACUCGGCUCCUUGGCCCGGAAAGUAGAGGAGGAGCUGGUGGCAGCUCGGAGGGCACAACUGCCGCCGAGGAGGGUGUGCGAGCCGGCGGGUCUUCCACUCACGGCGGUGGAAGGAAAGGUCCGGAGAUUCCACGUCCUGGAGCAAGCGGGGUAGCACCACCGCCGUUCGAUCGUGGUAACGUCGCCGUUGAAUCGUUUGAAGUGCAGGCCGACGCGGCGAUAGGCGUUGAUCGCGGGCCGCCAUUCGAUGUUGAGGCUCCGUCAAUCGGCGAUCAGACUCACCAGGCUCCUGUGGUCGGCGUGGGGGGGGACACGGGCGCCCUCGGCGUGGAGGACACGGGCGACCUCGGCGUGGAGGAUGAUCCUGUGGCGAGAGCGUUGAUGGAGGAGCUUCUUGCUUUUCAGGCGCCAUUGCAGUAG